AUGUAUUCAUCAAAUAGUUCCCUCAAUGGAAAUAACCUAACAUUUUCCUCUAAUUCACCUUUUUGUUCCUUUGAAAGCAACUCAACUUCAUCAAAAGAUGAUCACAACAUUCAUUCCUCUUUUCCUCUCACUCCUAGUUUCUCUUUCUUUCAAUUUCCAUAUUCUGAUCCAUUUGAAGACAACCAAAUUUUCCUCCAACAGCAACAGCAACAGCAACAUGAUGUUGAUUUUCAGCUUCAUCAUUCACCUAUAGUGAUGAAUAACAACAAUAGUACUACUGAUCAUCAGGAUCAGGCUUCGAAGAAUUCGAUAACCGACGCCAACAACAAUAUUGUUAAUAGUCUUGCACCUGCAGAAGCUGUUUCUGGUAAAGGAAAAAGUGCAGUGGUUCAGCAGAUCCAAAGGAAAAGAUCUAGCAAGAGGGAUCGACACAGCAAGAUAAAGACGGCGAAAGGACUAAGGGAUCGGAGAAUGAGAUUGUCGCUCGAAGUUGCAAAGAGGUUUUUCGGUCUUCAAGAUAUGUUAGGAUUUGAGAAAGCAAGCAAAACUGUGGACUGGUUACUCAACCAAUCAAAAGAUGGAAUCAAUCAACUUGCAAGGGAAAAGAAUAUUCAUUUUCCUAGUAAAAGUACAUCUUCAACUUCUGAAUGUGAAGGAGUUUCAAGCUUGGAAUACAAUGAAGUUGGAAAUCAAGAACAACAAGAAAAAAUGGUUAUGAAGAAAAGAAGAAAAGGUACUAAUAAGGUUUGUAGAAAGAGUGCAUUCAAUUCCACUGGUAGAGAAAUGGCAAGAGAAAGAGCAAGAGAAAGGACAAAAGAAAAAAUGGAAGCUAGAACUAGAACAUCACUUGUAGCUGAUGAAUCAAAUUCAAAGCAAUGCAAUGAAGGAAGAACAAAAACUAACCUCACUUGGAACCCCUUUGAAACUGUGGUAGAAUCUGCAGGUACACAAACUGUGAAUUAUCAUCCUUCUUUUGAUCAUGUGAAGCUGAUUCAUAAUGAAGCAGAAGCAGCAGAAAGAACCUCUCAAAAAGCAAAGGAACAUCAUUCACAUUCACAUUCACAUGAAGAUAAUUGUUUGUUCAAUAUGAGCAAAUGGAGUCCAACAAUGAUGUUCAACUCUCUCAACAACUUUCAAGAACAUCAAUUUGAACAAUAUCAUCAGUCCUUGGAAAAACCUUGGGAUGGUUACAACAACCACUUCUAA